CUUUCGCUUGACGCCGAAACGUUUAUAGCUAAGUAACACUUGCAUGUCGCACUCAUUUUUCAUGCAAGGUCAAACUCAGGGAUAAUGAAUCAUGUCCUCGAUUCAGUGAAGCAAUCAGAGAGCUAGAAACUCAGUAAUACGAGGUCGAGAAGAAGCACUAAUGACUGGCCCAUGGAAACCCGAGACUCUGGGGAACAUUGAGGUCGAGGGGAACCAAAACUCACUGUUUCCCGCGGGACCAGUCAUUAAGUGUUUUUUUAUACCUCCCAGCUCAAAAAAUAAAAAAUAAAAAAAACUGAGAAGAAAUAGUUUGCUUGAGGCCGGCUGGCUCGCAAAUUUUCAAGGAGUUUCAAGGAGCAGUUUCAAGGAGCACGACCUGAUCACGUGCAAGUCGCCUAUUAGCUCUCAGCUUAGAGCUAAAUACUUAUCGACACUUAAAUAAAGUCCAGUCGGGGUGAAAACGCAUUUGAGUUGGGAGGUAUAGCAAUUAUCAUUUAUGGCUAAGUUUAGUGGCCAACACUAACACAUCAUGUAAACAUUAAUGGAUUAACGUAGGAAACCGCACACUCAUAAACAUAACUUUUCCCACAUCAAGAUAUUUUGAUCGGGUUUCACGUUUCCAAACUUCGCAUCAAAGUUUUCUUUUGGCAGAAGAAAAGGCGUUAAAGGAACUAUUAGACAGCGAGGAGAGUCAUACAGGAGAACACUGGAAUGUUGAUGACAUCAGGAAAAUUGUCACUGCCAAGCAUUUGUGUUCUUGUAGAGAUCCCAUUGUGAUGGGUUUUAAGGUAAGCCGCACGCUGCGAAAGCUAGCUGAUACUUACACAGAGAACACUGAGUUCUUAAAAAAGCUUGCAGACCAGACUGAAGACUUCGCUGUACAGCUUAUUGAUCAGGUGACUGCAAAAGAGGAGCUGGUUAUAAAAGACCUGCCUGAACACGUUGAUCGCUAUGCUUCAAUGCUAAGCGACAUGACUGAUGAUGCAAUUAUCCACUCGCAAAGAAAGGUAAGAAGAACGGCCCUUGUGCUUAGCGUAGUCCUUUUAUUUCCAUCUGCUGAAACCUUAAAACACUCCUGCUUGAAGAGCACCACACCAUAGUAAGAGUACAUACUAUCUAUUUUAACAAUCCUAGUCCAAUCUUUAAGAUUCUUCGCACAUGCGAGACCAAAACCACAAGGGUACCAAAUGUUCUGGGGUUGUCCCGUGGGUAGACAAACAACCAGUUCCCGCUUAAUAAUAAAACUCCAAAUGCCCAGCCCAGGGAUUAAGAUUUGAGCAAAUGCCCGGUUAUGGUACAGGGGCUGGGGAUUGCUGAAAUUGACUGAUGCAUUACAUAUGUCCUUACGUUCAAAAUUCCCCAUGCACUCGUCCAAAGUCACUUGACAGCAUCUUUGAAUGCUUUUCGAAAAACCAUACUUGCUUUCCCCCUUUUGAUACCGAUAAAACGUGCCAUGCAGAUUCUUCACACUGUCCAUUGACCACAGAUUACAUCAUAGUCACAUUACAAUGGUCGAUUACUCCACAAUAAUGCGACGAGUAAAAAGUAAAGUGAACAUUCAUAGAAGAAGAUCGAAUUUUGAAAGAGAUAUCAUCACCAAAAAUGAUUUAAGUCAACCAUCUUCUUCUCACCUUAUUUAUCUUUAUUUGCGAUCUUUACCUGCAGUUUGUUGCACACCCAUUAUUGUACAAACGGCUCAUCAUGAGGUGGAACCUUGGUUUACCCGAUGUUUUAAAACCCUAUGGAAAGUUUCGAAGCCUGCUGUUUUUGUUGAUUCUGAUAGAUACAGUUUUGGCUCCACUUCUGCUUCCAAUCAUUGCAUAUGCCUCCUACAGGGACCAAAAGAAGAGGCGAAAGAUUUUGGAUACUGCAAAGGAAAGCAGUGAACUUGGACCCUUGAAUGAUGAAAGAUCAGAUCUAGAGCAGGAUAUAUUAGACAAAUACCUCAGUUUCUUUACCACACCUCUGGUCAUAUUCGUAAAAGACAAGCUCAAUCAGGUGGUUUUUAUUGCCCUUCACGUCCGUGUUUGCAUCUUGGCUUCUACCGUUUAUCCAAGGCUCGAGGAAUACUUGAUAUUUGUUUUCUUCGCUAGCUUGGUCGUUCGUGAGCGACAGGAAUUCAAAGCGUCACCGUUAAAAUACUUUAAGUAAGAUAUGCCAGUUUUAUUUUGAAUGUGUUGUCAGCUGGUUACCAUUGUCUUCCUUUUUUUUUGGUGGCAGGAGUUUAUCUCUCUAGGACAUACAUCAGCUUAUGGUUCUGAAACCGGACUCUAUUAUGAUACUCGACCGGAAGACUUUACUAAAAACUAUUCCAUAUUACAUCACUGUUAGUUCUUUACAUUUACAUUUCAUUCACAAAAUUUCUUCCGUUGCAGGGACAUGUGGAAUUACCUUGAUGUUAUUACCCUUCUUAUCUACGUCCUGAUCGUGAUCCUGCGUGUAGUGACCAUGGCACGUGGUGUUCAUCCUCACCACAAUCGUUUGCUGGAAAUUGUUAACUACUUUUACGGUGUCAACACGAUGCUCUUGGUUUUGCGCUUCUCCAGCAUCUUAGAGCUAAAUUCAGUUGUAGGUCCUUUACAACUGGCAUUGGUUCGAAUGCUUAUUGACCUGCUUAUUGUUCUUGUGCAAUUUUUCUUCAUCAUUAUAGCCUUCUCGUUGGCCAUCACAAAGUGCUACAUAGCAGAAAUGUCAUACAUGACCUCAACUAAUAACCAAACAGAAGGCCUGGCCAAAUACG